ACAGCUGUGAGGAGAGAAAGAGCACAUGGCUCUGGCUAUUUUAAGAGUUCAUUCAGACUAGAACGCCUCUUUCCCUGAACGUGUUCCUUCUGGAUCUCUCCUCGGCUGAAAGUUCUGGAGAAGUUUGACAGCGGCCGUGCGAGUUCAUAAGUAUCCGAGACGAACGCAGAACAAAGGAUAUAAACAAAGAAAAGUGACCAGUGAUAAAGUGAAAGUCAACCUGAAUAACAAACAGGCCAACAUGGCUCUACUGUGUUACAACAGAGGCUGCGGGGGUCGAUUUGACCCUGACAAAAACUCAGAUGAUGCCUGUCAGUUUCACCCCGGAGUGCCAAUCUUCCACGAUGCCUUAAAGGGCUGGUCCUGCUGUAAAAAGAGGACGACAGAUUUCUCAGAGUUCUUGUCAAUCAAGGGUUGCACUCGCGGGCGUCAUAGUAAUGAGAAACCUCAGGAGCCUCUGCAGCCGGAGGUGACGUCUGACAAGGGAGACGUGAAGCAGCACAGUGGAAAGGAAAUUAUCUACCAGGGACCCAAAUCUGCAGAAGCCCUGGAAAAAGAGAGACCCAGCUCAGAUGAGCCACAGACAAAGCUGCAGGUGAAGAUCUCUCCCUCUCUGACUCAGAUCAUGGAGAAGAUGGAGAUCACUGAGAGGGAGAAGAGAGAGAAGCUAGAAAGUCAAGUCAUCAUAGUUGGGGUUAAGUGCAAGAACCCAGGAUGCAAAACAAUUUACCAGAGUCCAGAGACGAAUGCAGAGAUCUGCACAUAUCAUCCCGGGGUCCCUGUCUUCCAUGAAGGAUACAAAUACUGGAACUGCUGCUGCAUAAAAACCACUGACUUCAAUGCCUUCCUGGAUCAGAAGGGCUGCACAACAGGAAAACACUGCUGGAUCCCCAAACAGGACCAGAAGAAGGUGGCUUGCAGGCAUGAUUGGCACCAGACGGGAAACCAGGUCGUGAUCACAAUCUACGCCAAGAACUCCAGUCCAGAGCAAUCCUACGUGGAGGCAAACCGCACAGUGUUAACAUGCCACAUUCAGUUUGAGGGUGACAAAGUGUUUCAUAAGGACAUCCACUUAUGGGGGGUGAUUGAUGUGAAGAGCAGUUUUGUGAACAUGGUGCCCUCUAAGGUUGAGGUGACCAUGCAGAAGGCUAAUGCUGUAGCCUGGGGGAAACUUGAGGACCCCAAACACAAACCUGAGCCAGAGGUCACCGACGAGAUGAACACAGAACAGGAAGACGUCAAACCCGACUGGUACAUCUCAGAUGAUGACAUCAGUGAGUCUGACUUCGAAGACGAAGAGGAGAAAGAAGAGAGCGAGGAGAAAAAAGUAGAAAACCAGGCAGGUGAUGGACCACCUGAGCUAGAAGAGCCUGCUGCUGUCCCCCCCGAAAAAUGAGCAUUCAUUCUGAGGUGUAAUGGUUGCGUUUCUGAGGUUAUGUAUUUGUUUAAAAUAUCACAUGGGCUUUAUAAAAAUGUGAGGUUAGCCUUUUUUUGUCUGCUAAAAUAUAUUACUGUGUGCUUAAAAGUAAGAGAAGUCUUAAAAAUCUCUUCAAACGUUUGGGGGUUGGUAAAACAUUUUUUAUAUUUUUGAAAGACAGUUCUGUUCUACCUGUUCUGACUUUAAAAUGUAGUUUACUCCUUUGAUUGUAAAACUGAAUUUACAGCAACCAUUACUCCAGUCUUGUGAUCCUUGUGUAAAAAUAAAAAUGAAUUUAAAAGACUUUAAUUCCACUUUUGCUGAAGUAAAGUGAAAUAAAAUCUUACUAAGCCCAGACUUUUCACCGGUAGCUGAAAAUAAUGUAGAUUUUCAGCACUGACAAUGCAAUGAAUGAACCGUUUUAAAAUAACAAGAAAACAACCUGAGCUCUGUUAUGUGAAACCAUGACAAUGAAGUACAAGUCAAACAGCAAUGGCCAGACUUUAUUUUUGAGUCAAGUUUGACAGCAACAAUCCUGAAGUAGGUGUCUGCAGUCAGACGGAGUCCAAGGCCAUGGAAGCUUGACUGCAACCCUUAUGGCAAAAAUGUUUUAAAUAAAAAGGAUAAAUAAUACAUCUUAAAAGUAAACAGUAGUCUUGACAAUGAAGAGGAUUGGUACCAGCAAAUAAAAAAAAUCAAUCUCU